UAUGAAAUUUAUUACACGUUCAAUAUUUCAGUAUAAUGUCAUGGUUUAACGAAACAUGAAGAAGCUUGUUCGCUGUAGAAGUUUCUGUGGCAGACAUAUUCUGAUCAGAGGAACACACACACUGCUGGUUUUAGGAGUUCCUGCUACUCUACUGUAUAAAGAAACAUCAUUGAAGAAGGCCCUUGUGGACAGAGAGGACUUGGUGUAUGGCUGUAGUUAUGUCCUGCUUGUCCUUGUAGCUCUGGUCACGUAUUUUGCUGCAUGUUUAAAAAAUCCUGGAUACAUUGGACGAAAGCAGUCAAAGCGGAUAUCAAAGGCUUUAUCAGAAAAACAUGAGGACUUGGAGGAAGACGAUUCAGACACAACUCCCAUGAUGCCUCAGUCUGAUAACGCUCCCCUGAUUGGUCAAUCAGAGACUAAUGAGGAAAGACUGAAGGCUCUGAAGCAGCGCUUUAGAUAUUGUGAUUAUUGUGAAAUAGAGCAACCGAUGCGUGCUAAGCACUGUGAGGAUUGUAAGCAGUGUGUAAGGAAACACGACCACCACUGUCCGUGGCUGGAUGCCUGUGUGGGGGAGGGAAACCACAAAUACUUCUGGACCUUCCUGCUGGUCACCACCAUCCUCAUUCUCUGGACCUUUGCAAUCACAUGGACAAAUUUCCAGUAUGAGGUGUCUUGGAAGGACUGGUGGGAGAGAAAUGUGGUGUUUAUUAUUGAUAUGUUAAUCUUGUCCUUUGGAGGCUUCACUGUGAUUGGACUUCUGGGAUUCCAUACUUUUCUGAUGUUCCGUGGACUGACCACAUGGGAACUUGUUUCCCGUGAACGGAUCACAUAUCUUAAACAUCUCACCGAGGAUUUCCACCCUUUUGACGAGGGCUGCUUUUUGAACAUGUAUAACUUCCUAACUGUUUGUAAAUACAGAGAAUGGGAGUGUAUGUACGAUCGAAAAGUGGAUCAGCAGGAAAUAGUGUAGAAGUGAAGCAGAGUGAUUGAGGGAAAAUUACCGGUACAUAAUCAAAGAGAAUUUAACUGAGUAAUCAAAGGGAGAGAAUGUUACUGAGAAAUCAAAGGGAGAGAAGCAAAAUGUUGGAUUUUUAGCUCACCUGUGUCAAAGACUAAUAUGAGGUUUAAUGAAAGCUAGCUUCCUGUUGUCUGUUGUAAAAGCAUAUCAGAAUUUCAUCCUUUUCUUCAGAAUUAUUUGGUCCAUUUUAAUUAAACUUUCCACAAAACAUCCCUGAGUAGUGAAAACUGUUUUACAUGAGAAUACUUGCAUAUUUAAUAGGAAAAGGUUUUAAAAUCUUUUUCUCUAUUACAGAAAUGUUGCUUUUGAAACAGAAUACUAUGUGUUUUUCCCCUGAAUAUUUGUGUAUUUUAUGGAUUUAAAUAAUUUGCUAGUAUGUAAAUAUAAAGAGUGAGAUUUUUUUCCUGAAUG